UGGGGUGUCCCCAGGACGCUGCUGGCCCUGGGCUGCCACGUGGGGAUGGCGGACGAGAAGGCUGAGGAGAACCUGAAGAAGAUCAAACUGCCCAAAACGUACACCAUGUCCAACGGGUACAAGCCGGCGCCGCUGGACCUGUCGCACGUGCGGCUGACGCCGGCGCAGCUGACGCUGGUCGAUCGCCUGGCCGAGAACGGCCACAACGUCUGGGCCCGGGACAGGGUGCAGCAGGGCUGGACCUACAGCACCACCCAGGACAUCAAGAACAAGCGGAACCCGCGGCUGGUCCCCUACAACCUGCUGGACGAGGGGACAAAGGCCACCAACCGCGAGAGCCUGUGCCAGGCCGUGCGGACCCUGCUGGGCUACGGCUACAACAUCGAGCCCCCCGACCAGGAGACGCCCUCGCAGGGAGUGCCCCCGGGGGGUCCCCGCGCCCCCCGGCCGCGGCUGUUCCGUGCCGAGCGGGGCUCUCUGG